GCUUUAGAUCAGCCCUGAUUUUUACACAACAUAAACAUUCGAUUGGAGGAGCACAUUCCUCUUCCGGAGUUUAGUGACAGGAUCAGGAGUCGGGAAAUGCUUUGAUAACGGGCGGAUGUGGAUCAGCCAACGCCGGAAUCGCCACCAUGAAGAUCCUUUCCCGUUUGGGCACCCUGAUGCGGUACACGGUGGCAUAUGCGGCCAUUACGCACUGCGCCGCCGAGUACAUUGGCGAUUUCGUUGUGUGCAAAGGACCCUCCAUGGAGCCCACUCUUUACUCGAACAACGUCCUGCUUACCGAACGUCUGUCGAAGUACUGGCGGAGCUAUCAGCCGGGUGAUAUAGUUAUUGCUGUGUCGCCCAUCAACGCCAGCCAGUUUAUUUGCAAGCGAAUCGUGGCCGUGUCCGGUGACCAGGUGCUAAUCGAAAAACCUAGUCCUAUUGAGGCGGAGUACAGUGGCGCCAAGACCAAGAAACCUGUGAUGACCAAGGACUACGUGCCUCGCGGAUACAUUUGGAUUGAGGGCGACAACAAGGGCAAUAGCUCAGAUUCUCGCUACUACGGACCUAUACCUGUCGGUCUCGUCCGGAGUCGCGUGCUCUGCCGAAUCUGGCCUAUAUCCGAAGUCACCGGGCUAUAGAUUGGCAACCCGAAAAUGUUUUAUAUUAAUGAGAAUCGCUUGAAUGGACUGUUUAUUUAAAUAUUAAAUCCUAGUAGAUUUA